AUGUCUGAAUUCUAUAAGCUAGCUCCUACCGACAAGAAGGGUCAACCCUUCCCUUUUGCCCAAUUAAAGGGCAAAGUGGUUCUUAUCGUUAACGUCGCCUCCAAGUGUGGGUUCACCCCGCAGUACAAGGAACUAGAAGCCCUGUAUAAGCGUUACAGUGACGAAGGGUUUACUAUUAUCGGGUUUCCUUGCAACCAGUUUGGCCACCAAGAGCCUGGUUCCGAUGAAGACAUAGCUCAGUUCUGCCAAUUAAACUACGGUGUGACUUUCCCUGUUUUAAAGAAAACUGACGUUAACGGCAAUAACGAGGACCCGGUCUACAAGUUUUUAAAGAGCCAGAAGUCCGGUAUGCUGGGCUUGAAAGGUAUCAAAUGGAAUUUUGAGAAAUUCUUGGUCGAUAAAAAGGGUAAAGUUUACGAGAGAUACUCUUCGCUAACCAAGCCUUCGUCCCUGUCUGGUGCCAUUGAAGAACUCUUGAAAGAGGCAGAAUAA